GACACUGUAGAAAACUGGGGACAAGGGCAGGAGGAAUAGGGCUAUUCCCUCACAAACAGGGACUCUGGGGCAGCCAUGUCCUACUUCAUGUCUCCACAAACUCAUCUCGGUCUCCUGCCUUCUGGCCAAGGUGGGGCUGCUUCUCCAGGCUCGUCCCUUGGCCUCUAUAGUCCUGCAGAGCCAGUGGCAGUGGCACCUGGUGGAUUAGGCCCACUGAGCCAGAAAGCUGAGCAGGUGGCACCUGCUGCCCAGGCCUGGGGCCCCACCUUGGCAGUGCCUGAAGCCAGGGGCUGCUCUGGGGGUGUUAGCUGGGAGACACCUCGGAGAAAGGAACACAACCGAUACUGCCCCAAAUUGCCCCCCAUGAGGCAGCUGGAGAGCUUGGGCUGGGCAGACCCCUGCUCCAGAAGCAGGGCUCCCUAUCUGGGUGGCCCUAGCAGGCCCCGGCCCCUUCUGCUGUGUGGGCUGUCACCUGGGGUUCUGCCAAUAUCUUCCGAGACAGGGGGGAAAGAGGCCAGCUCCCAGCCUGACAUCUGCAUCCUUACCCUGGCCAUGAUGAUUGCUGGUAUACCUACCGUGCCUGUGCCAGGCCUGCGGGAAGAGGACCUGAUCCGGGCGGCUCAAGCCUUCAUGAUGGCCCAUCCAGAGCCAGAGGGAGCUGUGGAGGGGGUGCAGUGGGAGCAGGCACAUGCCCACAUGGCUUCUGGACAGAUGCCUUUAGUGAGAUCCAGGAGGGGCUCCUGCUUGUAGUCGGAUGAAAUAGCAUGAGAUACAUAGGGCGGCUUCUCCGUAUGGUUUUUGGGCAGAUAAGGUUGGGGAUGGCUCUGGCAGGGAUGGGAAGAGGGUGUGGGUGACUGAGCCACCCUGACAGACUGCACUGCUUUGUCAGGACCAUCCUGCAGGAAGUUCUUCAUACCACCACAGGUCUGAGCAGAUUAAAUCAGGGUACCUAAGUAGGAAGCCCUUUUGGGAGAGUAAAUUUUUCUUGUCUAAAGUCCUAGACAAUAUGGCUUUCCUGUUGCCUUGUGUCCCAGCAUGCUGAAAGGAGAUGGGACUAUAGGCGAAUGAUGGAAAAUGAACCCUUGGCUGAGCAAAAAGAAGUCCAUUCUUCUUUAUUCCAGCCAGCCCUGUGAGGAUGCCCACUUUACAGACAAGCUGGAGCCUGGAGAGCGCUCUCGGGUCUCACUGAUAGUAAAGGCAGAACCAGGCCUGAAAACAAUGGCAGGCAAAGCAAGAGCCGAGUGAGCACACAGGCAGCACCACCGGGCCAAGGCUCUUCCUCUCACAACACAAAAGGACCACGUAUAAACCAGACAACAAGACAAGUGUGGGGACAACAUUCACUUUAUUGAUCCUAGAGUGGGACAGGAAAACUGAGACACUUGGCAACCUCACCAAAGUAGCCUCUUCCUUUGUGGGAAGGCUCCAGGGCCAGUGUCAGGUGACUCCUGUGACUGAGCAGGAGGUACCGACACAGACCCUUCAGCCUCAUCACUCAUUAUUUUCUCUUAUUUCACUAUCACCUGUUUCCAGAAAUUUCUUGAGCUACAAAUCAUUUUUCCUUAUGAAAAAGUUGCCAAAACUGAAGCCAGAAUGCACAGCAGAGACUGUAUUUGGUCAUCAAA